CACGCCACCACCAGCCCAAGCCACCGCCCGCCGCCUAUAAACCAAAACCCUAAAACCCAUCCCCUCCUCUCUUUUCCCCUCCCCUUCCCGGUCCGAGGAGCGACCUCCGCCGCCGCCGCCAUGCCGAAGCACUACCGCCCUGCGGGCAAGAAGAAGGAGGGGAAUGCGGCGAAGUACAUCACGAGGACCAAGGCGGUCAACUACCUGCAAGUCAGCCUUGCAAUCUUCAGGAAACUAUGCAUUCUCAAAGGUGUUUUUCCUCGUCAGCCGAAGAAGAAAGUGGAAGGAAACCACAAGACCUACUACCACAUGAAGGAUAUCGCUUUUCUUGCUCAUGACCCUUUGAUCGAGAAAUUCAGGCAAAUUAAGGUCCACAGGAAAAAGGUUAAGAAGGCUGUUGCUAAGAAAAACAGGGAUCUUGCGGACAGACUGUUGAAUCGACCACCAACAUACAAGCUUGAUAGGCUGGUCCUUGAAAGAUAUCCAACGUUUGUUGAUGCUCUUCGAGACUUGGAUGACUGCCUUACAAUGGUUCAUCUGUUUGCGGCAUUACCUGCUGUUGAUGGUGAACGUGUUGAAGUCAAACGGAUCCAUAACUGCCGCAGGUUGAGCCAUGAAUGGCAAGCAUACAUAUCCAGAACUCAUUCCCUGAGGAAGACAUUUAUUUCUGUGAAGGGCAUAUAUUUCCAGGCUGAAGUUCAAGGACAAAAGAUCACUUGGCUAACUCCUCAUGCUCUUCAGCAAGUAUUAACUGAUGAUGUUGACUUCAAUGUGAUGCUUAGUUUUCUGGAAUUCUACGAGACGCUUCUGGGAUUUGUAAACUUCAAGCUCUACCAUUCAAUUAAUGUAAAUUAUCCCCCUAUUCUGGAUUCUCGUUUGGAAGCUUUAGCUGCUGAGCUAUAUGCAUUGUGCCGAUACAUGUCUACUGGUUCUGGGAAAGUGAUUCGAAACUCAGAAUCUGGUGGAGCAAUCAAGGAAAAUGAGGAUGAAAACAAUAAAACAAGCUCAAAAGCAGAUGAGACUGGUGGAGCAAUCAAGGAAAAUGAGGAUGCAAACAAUAAAACAAGCUCAAAAGCAGAUGAGUCUGAACUCAGAUUGGCACAGCUUCAACAUCAGCUCCCAGCUAAUGAACCUGGUGCACUAAUGCAUCUUGUAGAAGAAACGACUGCUGUUGACACAGAUGAUGAUGAGACCAAAGAAUGUAAAAGUUUAUUUAAGAACUUAAAGUUCUACUUGAGUCGGGAGGUGCCUAGGGAGUCCCUGUUAUUUAUUAUCCCGGCAUUUGGAGGAACUGUUUCGUGGGAAGGAGAAGGAGCUCCAUUUACUGAAGUAGAUGAAGACAUCACUCAUCAGAUUGUUGAUAGGCCGACACAAAGCCAUGUUUUCCUCACUAGGGAGUAUGUCCAACCACAGUGGAUAUUUGAUUGUGUAAAUGCUCGCAUCAUAUUGCCGACAGAAGGGUAUAUUGUUGGAAGAGUACCUCCACCACAUUUGUCUCCUUUUGUGGACAACGAUGCAGAGGGUUACAUUCCUGAGUAUGCAGAAACAAUAAAGAGGCUGCAAGCUGCUGCUCGCAAUGAGGUCUUGCCUCUGCCAGGUGAUGAAGAUCUGGACAAUUCGUUGGUAGCAGCAAUGAUGGAUCGAACAGAGUCGAACGAAGCUGCUGAAAAGAAGAGGAAGCUGGAGAUGCUAGAGAAGCAAUACCAUGAUGAGCUGAAGAUGGAAAUUGAUGGCGUUACUUUCUCAAAUCUGUCAAAUAAGAAAGCAGAUAAGUCACCAGACACCAUGGACAAGGAUGAUACAAACUCAGACCACGUGGAUGAUGAGAAGAAACAAGCUGAGAAGGAUAGUGCUGACAUUUCUACGGUUACCAUGUCUCGCAAGGGAAGAGGCCUGUAUAAGGCAAUGAAGAUUGGCAAGGAAAGGAAACAAGACAAAGUUGAGAUACUGAAGAAGAGAAAAAAGAGCGCUGAGUCUAGCGCGUCUGCUAAGCAACGCUGAGUCUCCAUGUUCAUCAGCGCGGCAUGUAUCUGCUUGGGCCUUACUGGCAUCAGCCUUGGGUAGCAUUUCUUGUAGUGACGCUGCCACGAUCAGCACUGUGUGAUGGUGGUCGCCUUUUGAUAGCUAUGUUGUUUUUAUUUGUUUGACGUAAAGAUAUCUAUGCUGUUCAAUCUGGGCUUAACGAUGUGCACCAGGAUACUUGAAGACAACAUACUUGAUAUAUUUUACUUGUUGCAUUAUUGUGGGAUGCUCC